ACAGAGCCGGAGUAUAAAUCAUCCUUAUGUCACUACUGCCAGCAUACAACAACACCUGGGCACUGGACUGACAUCGCUAGAAGAUCCAGUUGGUACGCAGGCAACGGAGGCUGCUUCUUCUCACUGGAGAGAUGUGCCAGCCUCCGAAAGGCACUGGCCGAGAUGACAUAUCUCACAUCAGUCGUGGGGUAGUCCAGCGAGUGGGAGACGGUCACACAACCGACGUUGCAGAGAA